UCCACCUGCAUUCAAAUGGAGCCGAGGGUUGUUAAAUGUUAUAAUCUCUAAUAAAUCCCUUGGGGCGUCGAGUCAUCUUCUGCCGUUCCUGACUUGUCGUUGUAGCGCCGUGCUUUUUGCGACUUGGAAAUGGCCAGCUCGACGCCGAUGGUGUUGGCGUCGAUUUGGGCUCCGUUGAGCCCCACGGCGUUCUUUGCUCCUUCGGGCAUGGCAAACGUGAUGUGCGCAAACCCGCGGAAUCGGCCGGUCGCGGCGUCCGUUGCCAGCCGGAUGUUGUCGAUGGCACCGCAGUGGUCGAACAUGGACUCGAGCGUCUCCUCUUCCACGUCCUGGGGAAGGUUCGCCACGAAGACGGUGUCCGCCAUGGCCGUGCCGCGCUCGCGGACUGGCGCGCGGGUCGAGUAGUUGAUGCUCAGCGUGCGCCCUUGCACCACGCUGCCGCUGAGGUCGAUGGCGGCGGCGGCAGCUUCCACAGUCUCGAAGAGGGCGAAGCCAAAGCCCCUGGACUUGUUUUCGUUGUCCACGACCAAAUUGACGUGCACCACGGUGCCACACGCCGACAACAAGUCCGCGACGUCCGCUUCCGUGUAGUUGUACGGCAAGUUGCCGACAAACACUUUGGCACUGGGCGUGGUUUUGGCGUUGCUGGGCGUUCGUGGUCCGCCGUUGUUUAGAUCUCGCAGGAGUUUCACACGAAUCCAGCGCGUGCCAAACACGCUUUCGUGCUCGGCCAACGCGCGGGUCGCCGCCUCCGGGGUCUCGAACGAGAUGUAGCACGUGCCAUUGCUGCGUCCGUCCGGUGUGGUGGGGAACUCGAGCUUCUUGAUCGCUCCAUGUCGCUCAAAACGAUUGCGGACGUCAACGUGCGUUGAGUCGUAAGGCAGCCCGCCGAUCCACAACCGCGAGUUGGGGACUACGGGAUGCACGGUGUCGCUCGAAAACGCACGAUGCUGCACCAAGGAGACCGCGGUGAAGGAGCGCAAGUUCAUGGCGUUGACACACGGAAGCGUCAUGACGCCAUGGGCUGGCGGCGCACAGGUCACCGCCAGGCGGCGGACACAUCGAGUCAACAUGUUGCUUCGAAACUCGUCGCCGUUUCGCUUUCCACCAACCCUUUUUCGGCUCGAAAAUUAUCCGGAUAAUUUCAAAUAAUGGACGAAGUCCACGUGCGUGGCGUGAUCGUUGGGUUGCCGCUGUGGCUCCGUCUUUGCUUCUACGUGGAUGGUACAUGCAGCGUCGAGAUCUUGGAGUGCCCGGAUGAGGUCGGGCAUGACAACAUGGUCAUAUGGGACACGAGCUACUGUGUCCACCAACGAACAAAGCACGUCCAAGGAUUCAUCAGCAUUGCGGCGGGACAUGUCGCGGCCAAGCUGCGGUUCGUUGGAAAUUACGAUGCAGACCACGGCACGUUCAUGGGGAAGUGGUUUGAUUGCGUCCUUGUGGACCACACCGCUGGCGACUUUCAUUUCGAACGGACCACGGACAUCGCCCCACAAGUAGCCAUGCACGACUGCAACCUGGCGACCCUAACACCACUCGGACCUGGGCACUACCUCUUUCAUGGGGCUGCCAUCGGUGGCAACGGUCGUAUCUAUCACUCUAGGAUGACCAUUCGACUUUUCGCCGACGGCAGUCUCUCUGGCACCGUGCAAGAAAGCCAUUAUCCGCAGACGUGCACCCUCGCAGGACAGUGGUCGGCCCACCAACUAGCUUGGCAAACGACGUACACCGCCGAUGGCAUCAUGUCGCAGUACCUGUACUACGGCACCCCCGCGCUUCGCGUGCUCCGCGGUCUCUGGCAGCUCGCCGACGUCGGAUGUGUGCACUCGUUGGCCCGAGAGAGCGGCCAUUUUGAUUAUCAGCUGGAGGCCGCCCAUCGCCAGUGGAGUCGCGAUGUCCACCACACAUUUCCCCGACCCUUUCGACGCAUUGCGCGCGCCAUCCUCUUGUCCAAACCCUCGGGACCUUCCCAAACUGCCGCCACUCCGACGUCAUGUGGUGUGCUGCUGCCAGGGGAUCUGUGGUGCCACGUCUUCUCGUACGUCCACACCGAGUGGUGGCAAGUCUAGACCAUUGCCAGAUCAUCAUUCACAGAACUUUUACUGCACCAAUAUUGGAGCACAUGCAGCUAGCUACAGACCACAAAGUGUGGCUUAAAUUCGAUCGGUCACUAGUAGAGCCAGCAAGACUGCGUUCGUGCGUUCACCUGCCAAACACUCACAGGAACGUUAUAUAUAUAUAUAUUGGGUUGUCUGGGUAUAAAUAUCAUCUUUAUGGGUUACAGGGGUGCUGGCUCAUGUUGGGGUAGCUACAGCUGGUAAUAGCAUCGGUCGCACACUCGGACGGGGGUGUUGAUGCCAUACUUGGGCAGCGACGCGCGUUUCUUGGAGCAGCCAUCGCAAAUCAACCACCCGCAGUUUCUAUUCCCCAUAUUUCCAUCAAUCCCUUGUUGCAUAUCGCCC